AUGAAUAGAGCAGAUGGACUCUUGGAAUACAUGAACUUUUGGGGAAAAUCCCGAUUCAAAGUUGCAAAAAAUUUUUUAUCUGGAAUGUUGAAACAGACAUCCAAGAGUCGCAUAGCUAUUGUGGUUUACGAUGAAAGUCCAACCUUAUUAUUCGGCUUCUGCAAUGGUAUCACAAGUAAAGAACGAAACCUGUUGCGGGAUUGCGCACUGGCACCUAAGGAAGCUGCAACACAUACAUAUGAUGCUUAUGAAUGGUGUGUAAAGUUUUUGAAAACAACAGCGAAAGGUGCAACAGUAGCUAGAAUAAAUGUUCUCACAGAUGGUGGUGAUAAAAAAAGUUUAGCACAAAACAUUCAAAAGUACCAAGCGCUCAAUUUGAAACACGCAUUAUCUUUGCAAAUUCAUACUACUUAUUUUCAUUUGUCAGACAGUAAUGAUGGAUCAAGAGAAUUGUGUGAUGGUCUUAACUGGGAAUAUCAUCGAUUACGUGAAGACAAUAUUGAUGAAAAAAUAAAUGGAGCCCUUCAACGCCGUUCAGCUGACAUACAACUUCUUGAAGCGAACAAACACAAAACGAUCGAACAACAGUUGAAUAAUGCACCAUCAGUACCUAGUGAUAUCCCGUUGGGAUUUACUCCACCCCCAUCAGUUGACCAGCGUAAAAAGGUGUUGGAAGCAGCAUGA